GUUUAUGAAUAAUAAUUAUUCAAAAAACAAGUUUUAACUCAAUCAGCUAAAAUGUAAAUGUUAAAAUCCCCUUAUUUAUAACGCGCGAAACAUUUCAAAUACAAAAAGUGCAAGAUGCAAAAGACUGGUCAUGCAACAUAUAAAAAACAAGGGAAAGUCGAACGAUUGACCUUUCGCCAGUCCAGUUGAAAGAUUAAAACUGCAUCAAGUGCUCAUCGAUAUGCAGGAACAUUACGUGAGUCUUUCAGGGCUGCGUACGAAAGUUACGACUUUCGGGACUUGGGUGGAAGAAUCGUUGGAACCUGGACAGAACAUUGUGAUUAUAAUACCGGGAAAUCCGGGCGUUAACAGUUUCUAUAACUGUUUUGCGGAACAACUACACCUCCGACUGGGUUGGCCUGUGUGGAUAGUAGGGCAUGCAGGGCAUAAUAUUCCUGAAACCGAUAUUGAUCCUCUGCCCAAAGAAUCCCAUGGAUACUCGCUUGAUGGACAAAUAAAGCACAAGCUGAGUUUUUUAAACACGUACGUACCGGAAGGCGCCAAAGUGCAUUUAAUAUGCCACUCAAUUGGGUCAUACAUGAUAACAGAACUCUUGAAUGAACCAGUCUUGACAUAUACAGUAACUGAUUUAUUUUAUCUGUUCCCAACAAUUGAAUACAUGAAAGAAACUAGAAAUGGAAAAUUUUUGACUCGUUUUAUCAAACCUUUAGUCCCAUUAAUUAUUUUUAUGGCUUGGAUUUUUACUAUUUUACCAACAGUCAUACAAAAUUUACUUAUAAUUAUGUACCUGUUCUUUACUGGUAUACCUCAAAAAAAUGCAACUAGUGUGAAAGACUUGGUUCAUCCAGAUGUUUUGCGAAGAGUAUUCUCAAUGGCAUUUGAAGAGAUGGACCUAGUCAGAGCAAGAAAUGAUGAAGCAAUCAAAAAAAAUCUUCAAAAGAUACAUUUUAUUUAUGGACAAAAUGAUGGAUGGGCUCCAAGGCAGUACUUUGAAAGAUUAGUUCAGGACAUAAAUGGCGUCAAGGCGCAGAUUCAUAUUUAUGAGCAUGCUUUUGUGCUUAGACAAAGUAUUCCAGUUGCUUUGUUAGUAUGUGAUACCAUUCUAUCAAAAGAAAAUUAAUAAAGCUUAAAUAUAGUUUGUAUUAUAAAUAAUGAUUUUUUAUUUAUUAAAUUAUAUAGAUUUGAAA